AUGGAACUCUCAUGCCCUUCGACAUUCUCGAAUCAAAUGUUCUUCCAAGACCACGAUCGAGACACAGCAAUUGUCGCACCCAUCAUGAAGAAGCUUGUGGAUGGCGUAUUACAGAACGCAGUCGACGAUGUACCAGACGGAAGCGAUCCCGACGAUGAUUCACCAUUCGAACGUACAUUGUGUGCUGCAUGGGACACAUGUUCUGUAUUAGACUAUGCUCGGGUCAUGGCCACAGCCCAAUCUCAUCGUUUAUUACUCAAAAUUGUCACUGUCACAAAGAGACCUCGUACACGGGAACUGGCAAUGGGAGCUCUUGCUAACCUUGCCUGCCACUGGGACGCUGGAAUAGGCCCAAUGAUGCUCGACGAUAUGGACGUCUUAAAGCUUUGUCGAUCUGUUUUGUGGCAUGAGAACGAUGCACGCGUAUUAUUAGAGACGUCUCGGCUUCUCAACACCUUUCUGUCCUGCUCGAUCGAUACUAGCCACCAGACGAUUGUAGAACACGAUCACCUGACAGAGUUCCUCACACCUGUAUCAAUGGCACCAUCUGUAUUUCAUCAGUAUACUUCGAUUAUCUGUAACACUCUCUUUUCAGAGCUUUUGCUGACUAGUCUGGAACUCAUGACUCGUAUCGUAGUCUACACAAACGCAAUCACUCACAGUCUAGCUCGGCGCAGACAAAGAAUGCUCGAAGGCGAGGCAGAAGAGGAAGAACAAGAGGUCUUUUUUGACAAGGCAGACACACUUGCCUUGGUCAAAUGGGGCGCAGAGCGUCUUGAGGAAGAAGGUCAUGGAGUUGGAAUCGGUAUGGGCUUUAAUCGGGGGAUUGCUAAGAAUGUCAUGCAUCUCCUGUGGGCUUUGAUGGCUUACAAUAUGGUCAGCACAGCAGAGUGUGGCUCUGAAAUGACCAAUUGCUUGGGUCAAUCGAUGUCUCGCAUAGUUUCAUAUAUCCAGGAAGAUGAGUAUGAGAGUAGGAACGAAGACGAAGACAUCCAAAGCUUAGCACACGCCCUCAAUACAAAACUUUCGAUGGCCAGCUGAACGAUUGAUCUUGUUUAUCCUCAACUCUUUUGUACAUAGUCCUAUCUGUCUUUCUCCCCUUAACUAUCUAUUUCCCUUUUAUCUCUUCUUACUUCUUUCUUUCUUUCUAUUUUAUUCUAUCCUAUCCUAUCCUAUCCUGUCCUGUCUUAUUCUAUUCUAUUCUUCCUUUCAUAAGUCAAAAGCAUAGACAUUGUAUUUUGUGUUUGCUAGAUAAGAUCUGUUCCACAGAUCAAACCCAUCAAGAACAUUUUAUAAAUAAUAACAAUAUAUAUAUAUAUAUAUAUAUAUAUAUAUUACUCU